UUAUUUGAAGCUCAGUGGACUUAUUUGAUUUCUAAAUACCCUAAAUUAGCUAAAUAUAUGUUAGAAACACUUUACACUAAUAAAAAAUCUUGGGGUUUGCCAUGGGUGCGAAAUCAAUUUACAGCUAGUGUUCAAAGUACACAAAGGAUAGAGUCGAUUAAUAAGUUGAUUUAUGAUAAGGUUGAUCGGGCUACUUCUUUGUGUGAUUUGCUUGCAACUAUUGAUAGUUGUGUCAAAAAUGAAGAACAGUUUGAAAAAUUUGAAAUUGAAUAUAAUAUAUUACCAAGAGUUAGACUACCAUCAUUGAAUAACAGAUUUUUUAAAGAA